AUGUUCCCUUUUGACAAAAUUUCCCCUUAUAAACAGGAUACAGCACUCAGAAUUUUUAUAUCCACCAUUGUAUUGUUAUAUUCUGGAGUAUAUUUGCCGCUUUCUACCAAUUUAUUUAGUAACCAACAUUUAAAAUUUGGGCUGGUUUUUGUAAAUUUUGCUGGCCAAAAAAUUGAUUCAUGGAAAGGUAGCGUUAAUAAAAUUUGUUACCAAAAUGAUAAAACGUAUAACAAUUACAUAGAUUGCAACCAUGCAUAUUUGUUCUAUUUACUAGGUGCUAUUUUAACUUUCAUAGUUGUAAAAACUAUAAUUGUAAACUUUGCAAACUGCGUGUAUAUUGCAAUACAACCUCAUCCAGAACUAAAUCCGCGCGCAUAUAUUAUCUUGAAUCGUAAAUGCAGGAGAAUAUCACUAAUUUGCAUUAUAACCUGCAUUAUCUUAUGGUCCAUAUACUUGAUGAUUAUUAAGUGGUACAAACAUGAAUUAGAAUUCACUGUACACAUUUACGUCGAAUCAUUGAUGCUAGCGAUCAUGUACUCAAUAAUUAUCCUGUUCGACAGGGAUUUGGAAAUUGUGAAAAUUAUAAUUGAAAUGGACAGAUUGAGGUGGGAAAAAUCAGAUGUGGUUAAUGUCAAUUGGGCAAGGGAGGAUAAUUUCAACUACCAAUUUCCCACUCCACAACAGUUGAUGAAUUGA